GCGGGCGGUUUCUCCUGAAGAGACGUCACCUCUUCCCCGCCCGUUUCUUCACUCUACAACCGCCCCCGGUACAACCUUCCUCUUAUAAUUCCCACCCUCGGUUACUACGAGUGCAGCAGCAGCAGGUUUUUCCCGUCACGCCGGGCCGAGCUGAGAUAUUUCCAAUAUGGAAAAAUUAAAACUAAAAAACAUGACCGAUGAAGAGCUCAUAAGCACCUUACGAAAAUACGGUAUACAACAUGGACCUAUUUUAGGGACUACCCGCACUCUAUAUGAAAAGAAGCUCCUUCAGUAUGAACGUGAAAAAACUAAAUUUCCAGCUUCUACAAGUUCUUACACGAGCAGACAGCAGUACAGUGGAAGAGACUUUGAUGAUGACAGUGAUUCUUAUGGGAGCAGACAGAGAAAAAGAGACGUUGAUGAUGACAAUGGUGACAGUCACACCUAUGAAGAAGAAGUCACCAGGACCUAUCACUAUCCACAAACCAGUUACAGAAGUUACAGCAGUAAUGACAACGUGUACCAGAACAUAUCCCAGCCACGUUAUCAGUCCAGCUAUUCUCAGGGAGUGGAGCCACGGAAGCCCAUUCGCCCAAAACAGAAGGAAGAGACAACGCCGGUGAAACGCCUCAUCCCGAUAUGGCUACAGCUUCUUAUGCUGCUCCUAUUCUCUGCUUUUCUGGUGUACAUGUACUUACUCCAGACAGAGGAAAACCCUUUCAGAUUAGUUGAAGGCAGCCUGUAACACAGCACCUAUGCCAUCUUGCUACAUUGCCAAUUCGCUGUUAAUCUGAUCACAAAUUGGCAUCUAUCAGUCAAUUCCCUUAGGACUUUCACACGAGCGGAUGCAGUGCGUGGAAUCCGUUGCGUGAAAGACAGCCAAGCCCCGUUUUGGACAGCAGAGA